AUGCGGAAGGCAGCAGGACGUAUGGUGGCUUCAUCUUUUUUUUCUUUCAAGGUAAAUAUGAUUCCACUCCGUCUUUCCUCGUUUCGACUCUAUACUAACCACAUGUCUUCCGGGGGAGGGGGGGGGGGGGGGGGGACGUCUCUGUCUGUGAUCGCGCGGAAGGCAGCAGAGUGUGUGGUGGCUUCGUCUUUCUGGUUUCAGGGUAAAUAUGACUCCACUCCUUUUUUCCUUGUCAUCUCAAGCUGCGUCUUCCAGGGGAGGAUGGCGAACGUCUCUGUCUGUGAACGUGCGGAAGGCAGCAGGACGUGUGGUGGCUCGCCUUUUUGGCGAAGGGAUGCGAGGGGUAUGGAGAAGAAAGGAUGA